AUGGCUCAAACCGUCGGCUUGCUUACCCUCUUUCGUAAGGUUAGGCCCCUGAAACCACCUUCCUCGGACUCCGAUGCCUCCACUGAAUCAUACUCUGACUCAGACUCUGAAGACGACAUAGAGAUAGACUCCAGGCCGUUGAACGAGAUCCCAGGCGAGGUGAGAAUGACAUUGAUCGUUCGCCUGGACCUUAAAAUGGGUAAGGGUAAGGCUGCUGCUCAAUGUUCCCAUGCUACUUUGGCAUUAUAUAAGAGGAUGGCUGAUGCGCUGAAAGGUUCAUACAACCCUACACUUCUCCAGAGAUGGGAGCGUGGCAACGGACAGGCAAAGAUCACUCUUCAAGUUCCUAAUCAAGAAGACAUGGAUGUCAUGUUUGCCCAGGCUCUUUCUCUUGGGGUGAACGCAUACAUUGUUCACGAUGCUGGAAGAACGCAAAUUGCAGCUGGAAGUGCCACUGUCCUUGGACUUGGCCCGGCACCUAAGCUUGUCAUGGACCAGAUCACUCUGGAUUUAAAAUUGUAUUAG